GUCCUUUGUAGUUUCUCGUGAAAAGACAAUACAAACGAUUGAACAACAGAAGAGAGACUGAAAUGAAUUUGAAAAGUUAUACCGGUAUUAUUUUCGCCAUAGCUUUUGUACCAGCUUUUGUCGUACUUAUCACUUGUUGCAUUCUUUGGUUUUUUAAAAGCAAAACCGAAGGGUUGAUGCUCAUAAUUAUGAAGGGUGUCGUCAGUAAAAAGAAUAUCGACAAAAGACCCACAUACCUCGUCUGCAACAGAAAACUCCCAUCAUCAAGCAAAUCACAAUUUGUGCUUUGUUCCAUUUUCAUUAUUGCAAUAUGCGUGCAGUGUUUUUUUACUCUCGCUAUCGUUGACGUGACCUACGAAUGUAUUCACAGCCCAGGCAUAGAUUGUUUCAAAAAGAAAGAUGAUGUGUUAUUAUCUGACACUUUCGCUUACGAUGAAUCCCCCGUUAACUGUUCAACAAUCUCGAGAGAUGAUUUCGUAAUUUGCUAUCGUCUGACUGUCUUUGAUCCUGAGAGAGCCUUCAUUGGCGCAGCAGCUGGGUACAUAUUGUUCAAAAUGUUCAAUUUUGGCCUUCUUAUUGUUGCGCAUUGUAUGCUUUGGGUUGCACAGAAAUGGGAGACGACAACCUUGUUAUUCUUUAAGCUCGGCAUUAUCUUAAGCAUUAGCAUCGCAAUCUGUGUUCCACUCAUUUUAAGAAUCUAUCUGGACGAUGUGGAAUCAGCAUUUCGAAAGAUGUCAUACACAGUGUUAGUUCAAUUCGUGUGUCUUCUGGCUGUCGUCACCUAUUUUAUAGGACGUCUUCCUUGGGAAGAGUUUGGUAAAAGUGAAAAGUAUUAUGAAGACGCGUCUUUACCAGACAACGUUAAUGCGCAUGACAACGAAAUGGCCUAAGACAAUGGCAAAAAUUGUAGCGAUGCAACCAAAAUAGUGAUCUAGUAGUGGACUAAUGCAUUUUAGUAUAAUAUAAUGAUUUGGUUCGAGAGUUCUUAAACUGGCCAAUAAAGAGAAUAUAAAACCUUAAAAAUAUGUAUGUUUACUU